CAGGUAUUGCCCACAGCCCUGCCUGGCACCGCACUCCCCCAGGGUGACGGCGCUGACAUCACGGCCACCGCGCUGACAUCACUCAACUACUUGAGGGCGUAGCCAGGGCCGGCGCUGCUUCUCCCCCCAGCUGAAAGGGUACUGACAGCGGAGGGGUCAGGACAGCGGCAGCGACUCCUCAUUUAACGAAGCUCCGGCUAAUUAGCGAGGGCCAAGCGUAAGGAUUUUAAGAUCCAUUUGUCAUCAUCCCCCCCUGCCGCUAACGACCACCUCCAGCCCCAGCAGGAACUUUUGAGAGGAGCCCUAGAUUAAUUACUUCCCGGUGAAAGGGUAGCAUCCCUGCUGACGAAGGCGUGAGUAUUUAAUGACCCACUGGUCAUUAACGAUCUCCUCGUUACCCCAUCCAAGCUACGUCGCCGGUCUUCGGUAUGCGCCGGACAUAACGCCAACAGCCAGCAGCGGUUGGGAGGGGAGGCGAAACGUCAGUCGACAGAGCGCGUUUGCCAGCGGAAAACGUUUUUGGGGUGGAAUUGCCUGAAUACGGCACCUGCCUGUGAGUGUAAAGGCGACGUCACCGGCACGGUAAUCUCCGGCACCGGUGCCUCUGCCGGGUGCGUCGCCGAGUUCUGGUGGUGGGACGGAAAUGAGGGGGCAGCUGGGGGAGAGGGUCUCCCCCCAAAAGCCACCCCUCGAGCAGACAUCACCCUGGUCACCACAAAACCCCUCGGUUCGCCGCCGACGGUGUUUGCCACGCUGCGCGGCGCGGUAAAAUCCCGGUGUGUGUGUCCCCAGCACCGGGCCUGCGAGAAGCAGAAGUGGAUUUUUAGAGGUGAAACAGCCGGGGCUCAUCCUCACCACGAGGUUCGUGGUGCCUUGGAGGGCUCCUCGGUGAGCUCCCGGCCCAGCAGAACCGGUGCCGCAGCCUGCCGCGUCUCCGCGACCCUCACGCCGGCAGAGAGGAGGUAAGGGAACGGCGCAGAAACCCCUAUUUUUCGGUGCAUGAAGUAAGAGCGGAGGCGCUUGUGGUAUUUGGGGGGAAACCGGCCCCAAGGAGGAGGUUUCCUCGUCACUGAACUCUUUACGCCGAUUUAGAACGCUCCGGCAACAUCUCGCCGACACACCCAGACGGAAGGGAAUACCUUAGACACCGUCAGAAUUCCCUCCAGUGCCAUUACUGCCGGCUAAGCGAGGAUUUUUCCUAUCUUGCUCUGGUUUAACCCCAGACUCCCCACCUGAGCGCCCGGGGAAAAUUUUAGGACCAAAAAAAUGCUACGAAACUCCCGUGGGCAGCGACCGGCGGCGGCACCGGGCCCCUCUAAAGCAGAAGAGGGGUGACAACGCCGUCACCGCCACCGGCCUCGCGUCACUAAGAAGGGUCUGACCUCGCGUUUAAUGCCAGAAUUUUAAUGGGGUAGGUCCCUCGUGUGUGCCCCCCGCCCCGGGAGGAUCCUGCAUCCUUAGGGAAAAAAGCGUUGCCAAAGCCGUCCCUCACCGGUCCAAUCCCCCCCAGCCCCAGCCGGAGAUCGGAUUUGAGACCCACCUGCCUCAUUUUAAGGGUCCUCGUCCCCCCGUGUCCCCCCCUCCAAACCUGUGCAAAGGCAGCCAUGGCAGAUGUAAACUCCAAGAGAGUAUCUCAGUUCUUGCAGAAAUGCGUUAAGCCGGAGGACAAGGGUGGAGAGACGUGGCCGAAGGAGGAGGUGACGGAGGAGCCAGCUCUCCCUCUCGUCCCGCAGUCCUACCCGCGGACAGUACAAGAGGAAAUCUCGAUGGUCUUCAACACCUACAACAUGGCGGCAGCCAACCUCGGGCCAUCGUCCAGGAGGAAAAGAGAGAAAGGCGGCGGUCAGGAGGGCACCAGCACCGCACUCUACGUCGACCGUCGCAAGUCCAAGGUGUGGAACUAUUACACCAAGCUGGGAGAUGCCUACGUGGAGUGCAACGUCUGCAAGAAACAGCUCUCCUUCCACAACAGCACUACCACGAUGCGGGAACAUCUAGUGAGGAAGCACAGCAUCCGCGACACCUUGCUCUCCCAGCUCAAGGACGACCAGACUUCCGAAUCCGACUACGUGGCUCAGGAAAAUGCCGCCAAACGCUCUCGGCAGACGACGCCAGAAAGCAGCCUCUACCACGCCGCAUCCUGUUCAGAACCCAGGACCGAUGUGAUCCUGGAGCUGGUGCUGGAGAUGAUCUUCCGUGACUUGCACCCUCUCUCCGUGGUGAAGGACAAAGGGUUCGGGCUCCUCAUCGGGUACCUGGAACCAAAUUUUACCCUCCCGUCGCCCGUGCAGCUCUCCAGCAUGCUGUGGCACCGGUACAACGUGGUCAAGCAGCACCUGGAGCGCUACUUGCAGACAGCUCAGGCCAUCGUGGUCUGCGUGGAGUUCUGGGUUUCCCAGCUCAGCCAGACUUACCUGACCGUCACGGCCAACUUCAUCGACGGGGAGUGGCGGCGGGCCCGGUGCAUCAUGGAGACGCAGCAAGCACACGAAGACAAAGCGGAGGAGGGCGAUUUAGGGGAGAAACUGUCCGCUGUCCUCUCCGAAUUCGGCUUGUCCAGCAAAUCCGUCUUCUGCGUUAUGCAUGACAGCCCGCAGAGCACGGCAGCGAACUCGCAGCAGCUGAAGAACGCGUACGGCUGGAGCAGCCUGUGCUGCGCCGCUCGCACCCUUCACCUCUGCAUCAAAGCGGGGCUGGAAGUCGAGCAGGUCCAAGAAGCCCUGAGCACUGCCCGGGGUAUCGUCAGGUACUUUCAGCAGGACGCAAAAGCCACCUGCUCCUUGAACAGCAAGCUGGAAGCCAUCAACAAAACCAAACUAAAACUGGUGAUGGACGUGGGCUCUCGCUGGAUAACCACCAUCGAAAUGUGCGAGAGUCUCUUAGACCUGAAGUGGGCCAUCAUGUCCGUGCUGGAGGAACACCCCAAGGGCACGGCGGCUGUCCAGAAUUUGGCCGACCACCAGUGGAAACUCCUGCAGGACCUGGUACCAGUCAUGAGGACGAUCAAGAUCGCAACGUCCUUCCUGCGCGAGGAGCAGAACGCGUCCGUAUCGUCUCUGAUGCCUUGCAUCCACGGGAUCAUCGCCGCCAUCGGACAGCAGUCGGAAGAGUCCGGCGCCGUCAUCAAGACAGUGGUAGGCAACAUCAGGUCAGAGCUGACGCAGCGCUGGGGGUUAUCAGAGGAUGAGAAAGUGCUAGAAAGCCCAGCGGUUAUUGCCUCUUUUUUGGACCCGCGCUUCAAGGAGAUGAGGUUUCUCAGCCCCAGCCUGAGAAGCGAGCUGCACAAGAGAGUCAAAAACAUGCUGUCGCAGGUUUUCAAUCACCAGUCCCCAUCUGCUACCCAGUUUUGGAUGCCAAACUUGGAUUACAAAGCCGAGGGCGGAGAUGCGGGCAGCCAGCUGUCUGCUCACAAGGACAGAUGCUCGAGCGCCCCGUCACAGAGCAUGUACGACAUCCUUUUGGGGAAGGACCCGACAGAGAGCAUGCCGGAGAUCCACCAACAACUGGAAAACUACAUCGUGGAGCCUCUCUGCAAGCGCAGCACCAACCCGCUGGACUGGUGGAAGAACAACGAGCAUCGCUUCCCGGCCGUGGCGCGGCUGAGCCGGCAGUACCUCGCCGUCCCAGCGACUGCCGUGCUGCCCGACCAGGCUUUCGCUGCCGGUGAAAGCAGCCUGGAGCAUCGGCGAGCCGUCCUGGCGCCGGAGAACCUGGACCAAAUUCUGUUCCUGCAUCAAAAUUUUGACUUUUUAGAAUCGAUGAGAAACAGCAGCGAGACUCGGAACAGAACCGUGCACUGACGCGCCUGGAGGCGGGUGGGCGUGCGGAGCCCUUCCACAGCUCCGCGGGUGUUUAACCGGCUGGCGGAGCUUUCAGACACUGGCCCAACAGCCCCACCGCAGUUACCGGGUCUACGGCAGCGGCAGCCAGCGCCGAGUAUUUUUCCAAACUCCUGCCUACGCGUUUUUGUCAUCGCUUUGGCAAUGCCCGCAGCGAAGAGCGAGCGUCGGAGGAGGUGUGAACACACCGCCUUCCAGCACUGGCUUUCUCAUCCACCACGGAGCCUGCAGUCCCUGCUUUAUUCCUCAGGCUCUCUUUUAAUUCCUCUUUUUAUUCCUCAUUUGCUCCCCGCUCGAGACCUCCGCUCCUCCCUACCCACAUCAGACCCACCCAGGGCGCGUAGCCCAGAGCCUGGCCCAGCCCUAAAGCCCCGGGCGCAUCCUCAAGCUCCCUGAACUCAGGCACGAUCCGUGCCCAAGUGUUUUUUUCGGACGUAAACAGGGCAAGCCAGGAGUUAAGAACAGGCUUGGACAGGUGCCGAGCCGCCAGCACAAAUACGGGCCUGGUGACGUCAUUAUCCCACAUGGAUACAAGACACGGUUGUGCCAACACCCACAAAUACCACGUUACGCGACCACAGCGCCUUGUUUUCCGAUACCCGCAAGCGGAGGGUAGCCCGGAGGACGCAGCGGCUCGGCGGAGCUCACGUCGCCUGGGACAGCACACUGGGGGGUGUCCCGCAGCGAAGGGUGGGGAAAGACCCUCAAAAUACAUCAGCUUUAACUUGAAAUCACCUCUGGGUUUUCCUCUGGGGUAUGCUAAUGAGCUAUAAUUGUAGCAAGCGGAGGUCAGUACCUUAAUGUACAUACAUAAUUAAGAUCGCUCAGUGCUGCAA